UGAAUUGUAUUUGAAAGUGUGUAGAGUUCCUAUUGGUCAGCUGGAUGUUGAGGUGUGUGUGUGUGGGCACUGAUCACAUAGCUGGUUGCUAUAAAAGCAGGGUGAUUGCUGUUCAGCAGCCACGGAUCACAUCACAAACUGACUGAUAGCAAAUACAAUCUCUGAAAACUGAUCUGUGUGGCUUGUUGUCCAAACAGUAACAGAUAUGGGAAAAAGCAACUUUGAACUGGCACUAUACGUCGUACUCAUUGCUGCCUGUGCCUUAAAAGGAAGCAUUAAACGCUCCAGAUUUCUUAUUUAUGAGGAAAAGAACUGGACACAAGCAAGACUAUACUGCCAGACACAUUAUGUUGACUUGGUUACUUGAGACAUGAUAAAUGUUAAUUCUAUGAUACCAUUUUUGGUCCAAAUAAAUAUCCCAUACAUUUGGAUUGGUCUACUCAGAGAUCCUGAAGAUGACUCAGUCUGGAAGUCUAUAAAUCUAAGAACCGGUAAAGGUGUCUCAGGUGAUGACCUCUCACGUACCAGCAAAUGGGCCUCUGCACAGCAGGACUACUGUGCAGUUGUAGGAAAUGACCUCAUGUGGUACAGUGCACAAUGUUCAAGUAUCAAUAAUGUCUACUGUUCCCAAGGUGAUGUAAUCCGGUACCACAGUGUUAUGCUCAGUUGGUAUGACGCUGUAAAGUACUGUAUGGAAAACUAUGGUUACCUAGCCACUGUCACCCAGGUAAACUCAGGUGAUAUUGACAAAGGGGGCUGGAUUGGACUGUAUCGAGUGGGGGGCAAGACCUGGAACUGGACGGGUAGUUUAGGAUCUAGCUACAGAAACUGGGCACCAGGACAGCCAGUCACUGCAGACUGUGGCUCUUUGGAUGCUUCUGCCGGAGGCUGGGUAGGCUCUGCAUGCUCUAAAGAGUUUUCCUCUAUAUGCUUUUAUGACAACCUGGUGGUGGUGAAUGAGAACAAGACAUGGGAGGAUGCCUUGAUUCACUGCAGAAGGAUGAAAGCAUCAUGUUCUGGCUGUAAGUACGACCUCCUGAGCCUGACCAAUGUCUCUCAGUACAACUAUGUCAGAGACAGGAUCUACAGAGCAACUACUGAUGAGGCUUGGAUUGGCUUGCGCUUCAUGGGAGGAAAAUGGUUUUGGUUAAAUGGAGACAAACCAGGUCCUGAGGAUAUGCUGCCAGACUGUCCGCCCAACUGGGAACACUGUGGGACUUUGUCCAAAUUUGACACAAACAGCACGUGGAUGAUCAGGGACUGCACAGAAAGAAGAAACUUUGUCUGCAUACAAGUAACCCCAUAGUCAAUGAAACUGGCAAAUGCUACAAUAAUGCUUGUUCUAUCUGAAAGUUAGAGUUAUGCACUAAUCAGAUCUAUGCUAAGUGUGAUGCUAAUAUUAUUUAUUAAUCCUUUCAUUGUAACACACAUUAUGCAAUAUACAUAUGUUAUGAUCUCUGAAAACAACGGUGUACUCUGAGGUUUGUACUCUUGUUGUAAAAUUAUUUUAAGUCUUUGUAUCCAGCUUGUGUGAUCUUUACAGAUACCAUCACAAACACAUUAAUACUGUGCAGUUCUAGGAGUUUCCCUUGCUUCAUUCAGUUGCAUCAUUAACAUGAAAUCAUUACAUGGCUUUAAGCUAGAGUGGCAAAGGCUCCUUUAAUGACAGAUGUAUUAAUCAAGCACCUUAAAUGACUUUAGAUGACUUCUUGAAAAUGAAAUCUUUUGCCUCUAUUAAUAAACUUCUUGCAAAGGCAAAAA